CGCCGUUAGUUUGCGCAUUGAGAACCUCUGAGAAAAGGUGUCGGCCGGAAGUUCUAUGAAGAUAACACAGGCAUUGGAAAUGAAGAUGGCAUCACCCUUGUCAAAUGAUGAGGAAGUGGCCACACAGAAGUUCUUGGAACUUGUGAACAAGGCUCGCAACAGGAAGGGAGCUGGCCCUAUCACGUGGAAAACUGCUGUCAAGUUCCUCAUGGCUCGCAAGUUUGAUGUGGAUAGGGCACUGACGCUUUACGAGCAGCACGAACGGACACGGCUGAUGGAAAACCUGACCGACUUUCACCCCCAUGAAGACCCGCUGAAAAGUGAACUCGAGAUGAAAAAGUUCACUCUGUUGCCGGUGCGGGACAGCUGCGGCGCCUCGAUCGCCCUGUUACGGCCCGGCUGCACAACCCGCACCUCUCCACCCACAAGGACACGCUGCAGGGCAUCGUGUACCCGUUUGAGUGGCAUGGAGAACAUCGGCCCAGCGCACGGCCUGUCUUCUCUACAUUGGGCGCUGUCCCACACCACACUGCACCUCUUGCCGGGCGCUAACGGCGUCCCGCGCGCGGUGCGCCGCCGUACCGUGAGCAGGACGGACGGCCGACUGGACCUGUCUGGCAGCGACGUCCCGACCGAGCAGGCGGCCGUGCUCGGCAACCUGCUCUCCACCACAGCCGACGUCACGCAGCUCUGCCUCAACGACUGCCUGCUCUCCGAGGAUGCCCUGAAGGCACUGUGCCUAGGCCUGUGCCUGAACACAUCGGUGGAGCUGCUGGAGCUCCGGGGUAACAACGUGCGCGGCCCAGGCACGGAGCACCUGGCCACCCUGCUCAAGAAGAACGGCCGCCUGCGCGCGCUCACACUCGAGUGGAACAACCUCGGCCUGAGCCCGCCGUCGUUCCGCGUGUUUGCCGACGCGCUGCGCACCAACCGAGGCUUGACGUCGCUGGACCUGCGCAGCAACCAGCUGGACCACCAGUGCGCGGCGUACGUGGCGCGCGCCGUGGCCUCCAACCGCCACCUCAGCCACCUCGACCUGCGCUGGAACGGCGUGGGCGUGCUGGGCGGCCGCAGCCUGGUCGACGCCCUGCAGGCCAACAGGUCACUGACCUCGUGUCCGGUGGACGGUAACGCCCUGCCGCCGACCCUCGCCCAGGCCAUCGCUCUCCGGGUCCGCAACAACCAGGAGCUACUGGAGUCGUAG